AUGAGACAAAAUCCAGGAACUGCUAAUGCCAUGGCUACAAAGAUGUAUGAGGAGAAUUUGAAAGUGCCACUUUCUAGGGAUUCUUUAGAUGAUGCAGCUAUGAAGCAAAGAUAUGGUGAGAAUGUUGGCCAACUUUUGGACCCAAAACAUGCAUCGAUUUUGAAAUCAGCUGCAGCUGGACAACCUUCAGGGCAAGUGUUGCAUGGAACAUCUGGAAGCAUGUCUCCUCAAGUUCAAGGUCGAAAUCAACAGCUUCCAGGAUCUGCACCAGAGAUAAAGACGGAGAUGAAUCCAAUAUUGAACCCCCGAGCUGCGGGCCCCGAAGUGUCAUUGAUUGGAAUUCCUGGAUCAAAUCAAGGUGGUAACAACUUGACAUUGAAAGGAUGGCCUCUCACGGGUUUGGAUCAACUGCGGUCUGGUCUACUGCAGCAACAGAAGUCAUACAUGCAGGGUUCACAGCCUCUUCAUCAGCUACAAAUGCUAACACCACAGCAUCAGCAACAGCUUUUAUUGGCACAACAAAACAUGACAUCACAAUCUGCUAAUGAUGAAAGCAGAAGGCUGAGAAUGCUUCUUGGCAAUCGAAGCAUGAGCAUGGGGGGUAAAGAUGGUAUUUCUAAUUCGGUUGGUGAUGUUGUUCCAAAUCUUGGAUCACCUAUGCCUGUUCUACCUCGUGGUGAUCAAGAUAUGUUGCUCAAGUUAAAAAUGGCUCAGCUGCAGCAGCAACAGCAACAACAACAGCAGCAAAAUGGUAACCCACAACAGCAACAGCAGCAGCAACAACAACAUCUUCAGCAUUCACUCUCUGCUCCUUUAAUUCAAAAUUCAAAUUUAAAUCUUCAACAAGAAAAGAUAAUGGGGACAAGUAGUGUAACAGGAGAUGGGAGCAUGUCAAAUUCCUUUCGUGGAAAUGAUCAGACUGGAAGAAAGAGAAAGCAACCGGUGUCUUCCUCGGGGCCCGCAAACAGUUCUGGAACUGCAAACACUGCGGGCCCCUCACCGAGCUCUGCACCUUCAACUCCAUCAACUCAUACACCUGGAGACGUGAUCUCAAUGCCUAAUUUGCCACAUAACACAACUUCUUCAAAGCCUAUGAUGAUGUUUGGCACCGAUGGUCCAACCACUCUUACCUCCCCUUCAAAUCAAUUGUGGGAUGAUAAGGACAUUGUGCAGGCUGACAUGGAUCGUUUUGUAGAGGAUGGAUCUCUUGAUGAUAAUGUUGAGUCUUUUUUAUCUCAUGAUGAUACGGAUCCAAGGGAUCCAGUUGGGCGUGGUAUGGAUGUAAGCAAAGGUGAGUCACCUGAGUUUACAUUUACGGAAGUGAAUUCUGUUCGUGCGAGUGCAAGUAAAGUGGUGUGUUGCCACUUCUCAUCAGAUGGGAAACUUCUUGCAAGUGGUGGACAUGAUAAAAAGGCUGUAUUGUGGUAUACUGAUUCAUUAAAGCCAAAGACAACUCUUGAAGAACAUUCAUCAUUGAUCACGGAUGUGAGAUUCAGCCCAAGCAUGCCACGCCUUGCCACCUCAUCUUUUGAUAAAACUGUUCGUGUUUGGGAUGCUGAUAAUCCUGAUUUUUCACUACGUACAUUUAUCGGGCAUUCUGCAUCAGUGAUGUCAUUAGACUUCCACCCAAAUAAAGAUGACCUCAUCUGCUCGUGUGAUGGGGAUGGCGAAAUAAGAUAUUGGAGCAUAAAUAAUGGCAGCUGUUCACGUGUAUUCAAGGGUGGGACGGCUCAAGUGAGAUUCCAGCCGCGCCACGGAAGAUAUCUUGCAGCAGCGGCGGAAAAUAUCGUGUCGAUACUGGACGUUGAGACACAAGCGUGUCGACAUUCAUUACAGGGGCAUACAAAACCGAUCCAUUCGGUUUGCUGGGACCCAAAGGGCGAGUAUUUGGCGUCUGUUAGUGAAGACUCGGUGAGAGUUUGGUCCCUUAUGGCUGGAAAUGAAGGAGAGUGUAUACAUGAUCUCAGCUGUAAUGGAAAUAAGUUUCAUUCUUGUGUUUUUCAUCCCAGUUAUGCUUCUUUAUUGGUCAUUGGCUGUUACCAGUCUUUGGAGCUAUGGAACAUGUCAGAGAACAAGACAAUGACACUGUCAGCUCACGAAGGAUUAAUUGCGGGUUUGGCAUUGUCAACAGUUACAGGUUUGGUGGCUUCAGCUAGCCAUGAUAAGAUUGUUAAACUUUGGAAAUGAAAAAAAAAAUACAGAAAGUUGUUGUGAUUCGAUGUGUUGUACACCCACCACUCGAGACCAAAUUCUGUUUUUUUCGUUUCAAGUGUUGUCAAAUGAUGUAGUUUGUGUUGCUUACUGGUCUAAUGUUGUUGUGUAUUGUUUGUUUUCUAGCCAUGUUGGUUUUUUUUUUAAUCUAAUUGUUGUAACUUUUAUUAGUUUAUAGUUGUUUGUUCCUGUUGCAAUUAAGUUUGGACUAAUGGAUUUUGUUAGACUCCUGUCAAAUUCGUUUACGAACA